AGUCCAGCCAAAGUAUAAUAGCUGCUUUAUAGCAGCGCAUCGAUCAGUCUACUUACAUUUGGGUUCCACAUAGAUAGAUUAUAAAAAGAGUUCGUUUCAUCAUGAAAAAAAAAAUCAUCGCUAUCUUCUAUGUCAGCAAAACACAAUCGGAGCGUAAUUUGAUUUUUGAAGUUGGAAGAGCACGUAAACAAAAUAAGCUUCAUUAUAACAGUCAACGAUUCACAACGCAAUGCAAGUAAUCAUAUAAUUGCCAUGAUAAGACACACGGGGACGUUAAUUGGAAAUGCGAAUGCGACGAUAAUCAGUUUUCAGUUCAUGUCAGGCUUAAGGACGUUGAAAUUAUUUCUCAAUGAUAGCUUGGUUGUUACCUUUAUUGGCACUGUCAUCCAUCAGUUUGGCAAAAUUCAAUGACUUAGUUAUACCAUACCAUCCCCAUCCAACCAACUGUAGCAAAUAUGUGCUGCGAGACUGGUCGGUAGAAGUGAUAUUCGAUUGCCAGACAGGAUUAUUUUGGAAUGAUGCCAAGAAGACCUGCGAUUACCCUUGGAGAUCGGGUUGCACAACUCAAUCCGAAGCGCUGGUUGUUCCAUCAAAUCUCUAUUUCAUAAAAUGCCCCAUCCUGAUAGACAGUGCGUACCCGGUUUAUUUGGUGCACGCAGAUAUAUCCAAGUAUUACAUGUGUACUCCUUCGGAACUAUUGGAGUUCAGCUGCGAAUCCAGAUGUAGCUUCAAUACUCGCACGAAAAGAUGUGAAUGUUUGAAAAAUGCGGAAAACUAUCCAAUCAUACAAAAUCGACCAGUUCAAGGCUCAUCGAUCUUUAAGGAAUGUCCAGCAACCAUCGACCCGAACAAUCCAAUAUUUAUGCCUCAUGAAAAUUGCACCAAAUUUAUCGUGUGCACUGCCAAAGGACCGAUGGUAACAAACUGCAACGAUGGGUUCCACUGGAGUGUGGUGACGAAUCGCUGCGAGCGACCAUGGGAUGCCGGGUGCAUUGAAAUUAAUACAAUUUCUACUACCACUGUUACAACACAAAGCCCUACUACGGCAUCGAUGAAAACUACAAAAGAGGAAGAAAUUACUUCAAUGAACUCAUCAGAAUACGAAGAUAUCAGUGAAGUUAAUUCGGAAAACCCAACGGAGAAUGAGGAAAUUAACACAACGGCUUCCAAUAAAUUCAGAUGAAGUGUUUCGUAAUACAAAAAUAGUAUGAAAUAAAUCGUCCAAUGGUCAAAUGAUUGAG